CUGCUAUCCUUCAAGAAGGAACGGUCCUCUGGCCUCACUGUGGUGCAGGAGAGUUUUACUGGGCUAAACGUAACGGUUGCUGGGAUGGAGAAAUCCCUGUCCACCUGCACUGAUAACAUCGUUAGCCUCCGGAAGACAGUAGACAGCCUUACUAAAACUGUGGCACAUUUGGAGGAUAAAUGUGGUGACUUGGAGUUCCGGUCCCGGCGUCAGAACAUCCGCAUCAUUGGAGUCCCGGAGGAUGACCCUUUAUCGGCCUCGAUGGCUGCGGUCUCUCGGUUGCUGAAGGAAGCCUUCGGUUUCGCGGAGGAGCCGUUGGUAGACCGCGCUCACCGUAUCCCGAUCCCCAAACCCAAGGCAGGUGAACGCCCUCGCCCCAUCGUAGCUAAGCUACAUUACUACACUGACUGUGUGAAAAUCCUGUCGAAGGCAAGGGAGCUGCAGCGGAUCAAGAUGAACGGUAUGACUAUCUUCGUUUUCCCCGAUUAUGCUGUCAGGACGGCCCGAGCACGAGCAGUCUUUACGGACUGCCGCCGCCGGCUCCGCGGCAUUGAGGGGGUCCGGUUCGGCUUGCUUCAUCCGGCCCGGUUGCGUAUUACACAUGGUGGAACUACGCGAGUUUUCACCUCUCCGGAGGAGGCCAAUAUCUACAUCGGGUCUAUUACCAAAUAA